AUGGCUGGAAUUAAGCGCAAAUCUCCCGCUGCUAAUGCUCACAGUGGGAACAAAGACACCAGCAAGAAGGCCAAAUUCGAGAAGUCGGCACUCAAAAAUACACCGAAACCGGAGCUGGCUGUCCACGAUGGAAAGUUCGUUAAGAAGGCCAAGGUGAAGGGCGAAUCAGGGGAUUCAAUCGAGGCCAGUACUAGCAAAGACGGGGAUGCCUUCUCUGUCCAGGAAGGGGCGGACCUAACUCAGCCGGGCAAGGCAUCGACGUUGGCGUCACUGGAUGGUUGUGAUUUAGCUACCUCGUCCCGUGAAGCUCACGCGAAACAGAAGGCGCUGGCCAAGGAACGCAAGGCUGCCAAGCCGAAUGCCGACAUAAUAGACCGGUCCAAGAAGCUGUGGGAGAAGCUUCGAUUGAAGUCUCACGUGGAGAAAGAGGAGAGGAAGAAACUCGUUGGUGAGUUGUUUGAGAUAGUCACAGGGAGAGUCAAAGACUUUGUCUUCAAGCAUGACUCAGUGAGGGUUAUUCAGUGUGCUAUCAAAUACUCAAACAUGGAGCAACGGAGAAUGAUCGCGAGGGAGUUGAAAGGGGAGUUUAAGACACUAGCCGAGGGCAAAUAUUCCAAGUUCUUGAUUGCGAAGCUUCUUGAAAAGGGGGAUCCGGAGAUUCGAGACAUCAUCAUUUCAGAAUUCUACGGCCACGUGCGACGUCUUAUCAACCACCCAGAGGCUGCAUGGAUGCUCGACGACACAUACCGGGCUGUUGCCACUCCGGAGCAAAAAUCACGUCUUCUAUGCGAAUGGUACGGUCCUGAAUUCUCCAUUCGGGGCUUGAAACCUGAAGGAACCAAAACUACCGAACUCUCGGCCAUACUAACGGAGUCGCCUGAGAAACGCAAACCUAUAAUGGACCACCUUGAGACCCAGAUCAAUCAAAUCAUACAGAAGAAGCUUACCGGGUUUACGAUGUUGCAUGAUGCGAUGCUUCAGUACUUUCUUGCCUGCAAAGCUGGGAGUACGGAAUCAAGUGACUUCUUGGGACACCUCAAGCCGGAUGCAACUCUUCGGGAAGGAGAAGAGGCCGACAAUGCAGAUUUGCUGAAGAACCUCGCAUUUACCAAGUCGGGAUCUCGACUUGUAUCGCUAGCUUUCGCCUACGGGACUGCCAAAGACCGCAAAUUAUUAUUGAGGCCAUACAAGGACACUAUCGAAAUGAUGGCAACUGAUGUUAAUGCACAUCAUGUUCUCCUUGCUGCGCUGGCCGUUAUUGAUGACACCAAGUUGACAUCCAAGUCGAUAUUUGGAGAACUUUUACCUUCAAACGACAGCCUCCCGGACAAAGUUUUAAAUCUGGCGGGUGAUGUCCGCGCGCGAACUAUUCUAUUAUAUCCUUUCGCUGCUGGGUCCAAAUGGCUGCUGGAGGCUCAUACGCUGGAACGAUUGUCUGAGCUGUACGCCAUCCGUUCAGCAACUUCAAAGAAGGACCCAGACACACGUUUGCAUGAACUUGCGAGGGCAGUCGAACCGCAUCUGUUGACCGCUAUCGCAGCUCGGGCCUCGGAUUUCGCCUCCUUCAGUUUUGGUCUGCAGUUUAUGGGAGAGGUGUUGGUCGGGGCACCUGAAGUCGAGUUGGACAAGCGUAAGGAAGCUUUGACCGAGGUAGCAGGUCUUGCUCAGCAGAUUCUAGAUUUUACGCCAGUAGCUCCUGGUCCAGAGACGCAUGAUGCUACAGGAAAGUGCGAUUUGACGACCCAUGGCAAGAACAUGCUCAAGACCCUUGUUCAAGGGGGAAAAUUUGACCCAAAAACUAAAAAGGUUGUACCUGUCGAGCCACCACUCGGCUUUGCGGAUAUGUUCUGGGACCAGGUCAAAGAUAAUUUGAUACAAUGGGCUACCGGCCCGGGCUCCUUUGUCGUCGUAGGCUUAGUUGAGGCAGGGGGUUUUCUGAGAAAGACUGAGGUUCUCAACACACUUAAUGCGGGUCGGAAUAAGCUUGAGGCUGCAGCUGGACCUCCAAUCAACGAUAUGGAGAAAAAACGCGGAAAGAACAGUGCGAAGCCUCCUGGUAAAGGGAAAGGGAAUGCGGGAACCAGGAUUCUCCUCGAGAAGCUGUAUUCUAGAUGA